AUGGAACGAUUCUCAAGCUCAAAGAACACCGAAAAGAAAAAUGAAGACUGCGUGGAAACCUUAUGUGAGAUAAUCGAUUCAUCACCGUCGACGACGAAAUCAAAAAAUAGAGCAGUCAAGAAAACAGAACCCAAAGAAAGCAUUCAAGAUCCGUCAUGCUCUAGCCGAAUAGGCUCCGAUACGAAAUCGACAAUUGGCCCAUCGAUCACGCUGAUAAAAUCGCUCAAAAAGAACCAUGUGAAUUAUCUCAAGUACAAGGGCAAUCCACAUUUUCUAUUAGGACUAAAUUCGACUCUAAAAUAUCUUGAGAAUUUGAGAUUCAUUUUGAUACAACUUAAAGAAUUAACUGACAGAAGGCAUCAUGCCAACAACCAACAAGAAGAUGACGAGAACGGCUCCAUGCAUGGCGGAAUUAAGGGUGAGGAGUUACACGACAAGGUCGUGUUGCAGUCAACCGACAUCGACAUCUCAGCCAUUCUCAGAGACCUUCAAACAAUCAAGUUCAUUGUUGUACUCAAGCACCCCCAACAUCUUUCUGUCAUCGGUUUACUCUCAACCUUCGUCAACGAGAUCAAUCAAGCCUUGUACGAUUUAAACUUUCAGCCACAGACCACUCGGAAAUUUAUCGAGCUAGUCGGCUUCCCCGUCGGCCUAAAUCCACCCCUUCUUGAGAAAUUCAACCUCCGGAGACUGUCUUGCUUUGCCAUUCUGGAUUCUGCCCCGGGUAUAGACCGAUUAAGCAAUUUCUUCACAGCCUGA